CGGAGGAGGCGGGGAAGAUGGACCCGGCGCCUUCGCUGGGCUGCAGCCUCAAGGAUGUGAAGUGGAGCUCGGUGGCCGUUCCGCUCGACCUGCUGGUCAGCACUUACCGACUGCCCCAGAUCGCGCGGCUGGACAGCGGAGAAUGCAUAGAAGGGCUGCGGGAAAAUGACUACCUUCUGAUUCACUCGUGCCGUCAGUGGACCACCAUCACUGCCCAUAGCUUGGAGGAGGGGCACUAUGUCAUUGGGCCAAAGAUAGAGAUUCCGGUACAUUAUGCAGGCCAAUUCAAGUUGCUGGAACAAGACCGAGAUAUAAAGGAGCCAGUGCAAUAUUUCAACAGCGUGGAGGAGGUGGCCAAAGCAUUUCCUGAACGCGUGUACGUCAUGGAGGAAAUAACAUUCAACGUGAAGGUUGCUUCGGGUGAAUGCAAUGAAGACACCGAAGUUUACAACAUCACCCUGUGUACGGGGGAUGAACUCACUCUAAUGGGCCAGGCAGAAAUCCUUUAUGCAAAGACUUUCAAGGAGAAGUCACGACUCAACACCAUCUUCAAAAAGAUUGGGAAACUCAAUUCCAUCAGCAAGCUGGGAAAAGGCAAAAUGCCCUGCCUCAUUUGCAUGAAUCACCGGACCAACGAGAGCAUCAGCCUCCCGUUCCAGUGCAAGGGCAGGUUUAGCACCCGAAGCCCCCUGGAGCUUCAGAUGCAGGAGGGUGAGCAUACCAUCCGCAACAUCGUGGAGAAAACCAGGCUCCCCGUGAACGUGACCGUGCCCAGCCCGCCGCCCAGGAACCCGUACGACCUGCACUUCAUCCGCGAGGGGCACCGCUACAAGUUUGUGAACAUCCAGACCAAGACCGUGGUGGUCUGCUGUGUGCUGCGAAACAACAAGAUUCUCCCGAUGCACUUCCCUCUGCACCUGAGCGUCCCGAAGUUUAGCCUCCCGGAACACCUGGUCAAGGGAGAGGGAUGGCCCGAGACCCUGGUCCAUCACUGGCUGGGGAUCUGCCAAGAACAGUUCGACAUCGAUGAGUAUUCACGGGCGGUCCGCGACGUGAAAACCGACUGGAACGAGGACUGUAAGAGCCCCAAGAAGGGCCGGUGCGCCGGCCACAACCACGUGCCCAAUUCCCUUAGCUACGCUCGCGAUGAGCUCACCCAGUCCUUCCACCGGCUCUCCGUCUGUGUGUAUGGCAACAAUCUCCAUGGCAACAGCGAGGUGAACCUCCACGGCUGCAGGGACCUGGGGGGAGAGUGGGCCCCCUUUCCUCAUGACAUCCUACCCUAUCAGGACUCGGGGGACAGCGGGAGCGACUACCUUUUCCCAGAAGCUGGUGAAGAAUCUGCAGGCAUGGCAGGGAAGUCGGAACUUCCUUAUGAAGAGCUGUGGCUGGAGGAAGGCAAGCCCAGCCAUCAGCCUCUCACUCGCUCCCUGAGUGAGAAGAGCAGAUGUGACCAGUUCCGAGGUUCUGUCCGGGCCAAGUGCGCAACCUCUCCCCUUCCUGUACCCGGAGCGCUGGGUGCAGCGGUGAAAUCUGCCGAGAUCGCCCUACCUCCGCCUCCAGUGCCUCCCAAAUCUGAAGCCGUCCGGGAAGAGUGCCGGCUCCUGAACGCGCCGCCGGUCCCGCCCCGCAGCGCAAAGCCUCAGUCCACCAGCCCCUCGGUCCCUCCUCGCACAGCCAAGCCGGCGCGGCCGCAGACUCGCUCGCCCAGCCCCACCUUGUCCUACUAUUCUUCAGGGCUGCACGACAUCAGCGUCACUAAAAGUGAGACGAGUCCCUCUGAGAGCGCUCCCGUGUCUUGCUACCCAUGUAACCGAGUGAAGGCGGAGUCCGUGGACCCCAAGUCCCCGUGCGGCAGCCCGACUUCUGAAGCUCUGUCCUCCAGGCUCUCGUGGCCAAACCAUUACUCGGGAGCGUCGGAGACCCACACCAGGAGCGACUUCCUGCUGGAUCCGAGCCGCAGCUACAGUUACCCCCGGCAGAAGACGCCGGGCACGCCCAAGAGAAACUGCCCGGCCGCCUUCGAGCUGGACGGCCGCGAGCUGGCCGCCAGCCCACCCGGGCCGGGCCCCGCGGAGCCCGCGGGCUGUCCCAAGUCGGCCAGCUACUGCUUGGAGCGCUCGGGCGACAGGAGCCUGGUGGGCGGGCCGGCCAAGCAGAGCAGCUCCUGCCCAGCCUUGCCCCCCAGGGCCCCGAGGCCGCUGGAAGAGAAAGCGGCCCCUGACACCCCGCCUCUGCCCCUGCAAAUCGACGGUGCUGAGGAAGCCCCCAAGUCCGGGUCGCCAGACCUGUCCGAGGACGCCUACUUCGUGCAGAAAGGCGCGCAGGACCUCCUCUCCGCGCCUUACCCCUUCUCGUCACCAAUCCACCUGCAGCUGGCCCCCCGCUCCUGCGGCGACGGGUCCCCGUGGCAGCCGCCCGCCGACCUGUCAGGACUCUCGGUCGAAGAGGUGUCCAAGUCCCUGAGGUUCAUCGGGCUGUCAGAGGACGUCAUCGUGUUCUUCGUGACCGAGAAGAUCGACGGCAAUCUGCUCGUUCAGCUCACGGAGGAAAUCCUCUCAGAGGAUUUCAAACUGAGCAAACUGCAGGUGAAGAAAAUCCUGCAGUUCAUUAACGGCUGGAGACCCAAAAUAUAGCCAGAUAAGCCCAGCUGGCAUGGAGCAAAACUGAUAACCGUGUUGUGCUAGAUGGGACUGGCUGGGACACGGUUUCAUGGAUUUCUUUCUUUCUUUUUUUUUUUUUUUUUGCACUAAAAACCUUCGCUGUAAAUAGGGAUAAGAGAAAACUCUUACUAUGCAGAUUACGAUUUUUGAAUGGUGAACAGGCUAUUUUGUACAUCAAUAAAAAUGCUGUACAGAACACUUAGAGGUGUGCCUUGUACGUCACUCAACACUCAACAGCUGCUAAAAGACAAAAGGCAUGUUCAGAGAAAUACUUCUUACCCAAGUAGGUUUAUGCAAGAAGGUCUGAUAUUUAUUUACAAAAUAGCCAAAGCUGAGAAACAUAAGAAGUCUUUUAAAACACACACACACACACACACACUUUUGAACAAUCCCCUCCUCUGGGAGAAUCAACUUCAGACAGUUAACUCUAGUCUGUGCUCUGUUGUUUGGACUGAUCAGUGCUAAUCGUUUUCCUCUUGUGCCUGAAAACGUUAGUGAUGUGAAAUGACACUGCAAUGUUAUGUGCUUGAUGGGGAUCUUUUUAUCAAAAGGCAUUUUGUCAAGUCUUGUGCUGGUAGAGGGUCUAAGACGUCCUUAGAAAUAAUAAAUCAUGACCACAACAAUUUACCUGUAGCUGCUAAUUUUAUUGAGCAGAGAAAAGAUACCCAGACUAUAUAUGUGUAUGUAUAUUUAUCUAGACAUGAUACAAAUGUAUGUUUUCAACAUCCAUAUGAGUCUGAUCUUUUAGAUAACAUCUGUUCACUUUAAGAUAUCCACUGAAAGUUUGGGGCCAUUAAUUAAGUCAGCUCUUGGGUAGAGUAGACAGAAUAAUGUCAAAGAUUCUCAGAACCCUGUCCCUCAAAGCUCGGUCUUACCAGGCUCCAGCAUGGAAAACUUGGAACAAACCAGUAGAGUCUGUAUUGAAGAGUUAAGUUGAAUUUUAAACCUGUUAUAGGCUGGGUUUUGCAUAGAAUACUCCCAUGCCCAUUCAUGUCUGGGGAACUGAUCAUUUCUGUUGAGUGAUAAUUCUCGGGUUUGAGGGUCUUCUUCUCCUGGUAUAUGGUGAUGAGGGGUCUGGAGAGCAGUUUUCAGAGCCAUGUCUCAUGUUCAGCAUGCUUUGUGCUUUAGGAGAGCUCGGAAGUCGGACAUACCACCCUCUGCUUUGAUCUGUGCUAUCUGUUGCAUCAUUUUUUUAGAGCAUCAGUAAGAGUUCUUGUGUAGUUCUGAAACCUCUUCUUUCCUCUCGUCCAAAGAAAAUACAUGAUUUACCAUACUUUCAUUCCAGCAGUUCCAGAACCCAGUCUGACAGUUUUUGCCAAACAUGAUUAACUAUUCCAAAAUACGAUGGCAUCAGUAUCGUUCUUGACUUUUUGAAGGAAUAUAAAUCUUAGAAACAUUUUCCUGCUCUGAACAGGUUAUCAUCCUCAACCCUGCCUUCCUGAAGUCUGUCCCCACAUUCCAGAUGGACAGACAGCCACCCAGGUGUCAGCAUGACAAGCAGGAUUGGCUUGUAUGUUAUUAUCUGCUCUUCCUGCUCAUCAAAAUGAGUCCACAAGUGGAAAGACAAAACCCACCAGUUCUAAUUUUGCAGACCUUUUCAAUAUGGCUUCAUUUCUUGACAUGAAAGAUAUUUUUAAUCCAUCUCAUUGUUUAGAAUUGAGGUGAAUUAGAACUGAGGUGAAUUGAUACAUUGUCUCAUUUUCCAUCUUAAAUCUUUUUUUUUUAAUAAAGCCUUUUUCCCUUCACAUGUCUCUCAAAAUGCAAAUAUUCUAGGUUAAAAGUACCCCAUAAAAAGAAUACCCUGUAAAACUUGUCAGACUGGCUCACCUCUUCAUAAGUAACUGGCAAGUCUGUGUACAAGCUUCCAGUACUGCACUGAGAUGGCGUUUGGCCGCUCUGACUUUUCCUGUUGGGAAACCAUGCUUCAGUGCCAGGGGCAACCCCUCAAGUAAAGUUAACCUCUCAGAACCUUUCUUUAAAAUAAAAUCAGGAGGCUGUUGAAUAGUUGCAAGUUUUCUCUGACAAAAUCUUGCUUAACCCAUUGGUGAAUCCUUACGCCCAGACACCGUUCUCAAUUCAGGAGGGAGGAGUAGUUGGGUUUGAGUUUACUAUGAAGGUUGCCCCACAUCAACAACUGAUUCUUUUAUCUUUUUUUUCCUUUGAAAAAAAAAAAAAGUUGUUUUUUUCGUCUUGACUUAUGUACGUGGAGUUUGUAUUGAUGGCAACAUAGAGACUCCGUGAGGGCAGGGACUAUAUGGCCUUUUAGUCACAUACUCAAAAUUCACUGAGCAUCAUUUGUGUGCUGGGCACCAUGCUAGGAUGACUUGACAGGUUGAUAUCAAGAACAGUUCCUGCCCUCUUGGAACUCAUAAUGUUUAUAUUUAAAACCACAGUUGUUGAGACUGAGUCUGUGUAAGAGAAACAUGAAAUCUUGCGAGCAGUUGGAUAUAGCGACAGUUAAGUGUGCUCUGUCUUUCAAAAAGCCACAGAUGGAAAAAAUGGCAGCCUUUAUGAAAAGAGCAUCAAAGAAACAUGACAAGACCAUCAAAGCUUGGAAAGUGUUGGAGACACAAAACAUCUCUGAGUCCCACUGGCUAGUAUUCUUUUCUACUGACUGGAAUUUUGUUUUAAUUGGUAAUAAGUAUCUUCUGGCAGGUCUGAAGCCACAUGGCACCCUGACUAGACAAGGCCUGCAUAGCCACAGAGAAUCAUGAUAAGAAAUGCAGAACAGGGCUAGGAAGGAGACAGCCCUUUCCUUCUUGAGCUGUGAUUUUGCAUUCAAAAGUGGUAUAGAGAGACCCCCACACUCAGCAUCGUUUCUAACCAACCAAGUCAGGACAGGACAUCUCUAGAAAGUGCCUCACAGUCUGUGCACUGACGCCAAGACCUGGGAGAAAGUGUCCAAACAGGACUCUUAUUUGGGGUCCUUAAAUUCAUGGCCAAAAUCAUCAUGACCCCCAUCAGAAAGGAAACUCAGCAAUAAAUCAAACCAAGCAGCGAAAAUGUAAAAUGUGGGUCCGACUCAUAUUGGGAGGGCAAACUCAAGCACUCACAGAUCAGUUCCCUCUCAAGAUCUCAUAAACGCCUGCAUGUUCUCUCUCUUUUAAGUUGAGCCGCUCAACUUUAUGAACUGUGAAAUUUACAUUGAGACCCUUUCAACCCACAUAUGCCGUUCAAGUUUAUGAAGUUGCAGCGAGCUGCCCAUUCAACUAAAUUGCAGUGUUUAUUCUUGUCUCAUGUAGAAAUAAAACAAUCUUACAGGGAAAUAUUAUGACUGUCCAUUCCAACUGUUUUCAGACACAUGGGUAAACACCCUCUGGCAACAUUCCAGAACCAACUGUACAUAGUCCACACGACUCCUCAAGCAGUUCAGGGAGUGGGUGUGGAUGAAUAGAGGGCCCAUCACCUAACCAACACUCCAUGUCACACACAAGUCACUACUCCUCAUGCCUAAAGAGUGUGAGGUUAACAUUUUGAAUAACAAACUGGAAAACCAGACAGUUCUCCAAAGACCCUAAUGAACUGUUCAAAGACAUUUCAACUUCAGUCUACCACAAAAGUGAAAUCUGUUGUUGGACACACAAGACUUUUAGAAAUUUACCACCACUAUACCAAUUCCCACUAUUUUUCUCGUAAUGGCACCAGACUGCUGGGGCAAGAAAAAUAAAAUAGCCAGAGGGCAAAUAAUAGAGAGUAGGACCUUUACACGGUGGGGCUGUGAUAGUGAGAAAUUCUGAUGGCUACUUCUUAGCCAGUCACGUCGUUUAAUCUUCAGAACUUGGUGUUUGAACAUUUGUCUCCUUGUGAAAGCCAGAAACCAAGGGUAAACAUGAUUUGUGUUGAAACUAUGUACAAACAUCAGUAAUUUUGCUGCUCUUAAUUUUUAGGCUGUGAGUUUUGUAAUGAGCUUAUCGGAUUUUGAAUUCCUUUUGUCUCCAAUCUCAUGUUGUAAGGCUCAGAUCAUUUCUUAACUAUAAACAUCUCCCAUUCUCAUAUGAAGUUCCCUUUAAAAUAUCAUUUCAGCUCAGCCUAAAAAUUCAACUCCAUCAAAAAUGUGGGCGUUUUCCUUGACUUAAAUGGAAAUGGUUUAUUCUUUUCAAAGGAUUUUGUAACCAUCUUUACAGUUUCUUGGCUUGGAACCUGGGGUUAACUACCAGUUAACAGUUGUACUGUUUCCAGAGCAUUAUCUAUGGGCCCGAUGUGUACCUCAAGAUAAACAUGGUUAUGUUGUGUCUAAAAAAAAUUCAUCGUUGAUUUCAGUGGUUCUGAAAUGUCUAUAAAUAAAGAAAUUUUAAAAGUU